AUGGUCGACCUCUAUCAUCCUGGAACCUUGCGCAACGAAUCAGACCUGGCCGGCACCUUGGAUGCAGCUCACGAAGACCACUUCAGUUCACAUCUUGAGCCAGUAAUCUCUAAAUUGGCUAGCAUACAUGCACCUCCUGAAUUCGAAGUUUACUGGGACUCUGAAGAUCCCGAGAAUCCUCGCCUAUGGCCACUUUGGUACAAGGGCCUCACUGUCGCUGCAAUGAGUCUUGGCGCGACAGUUGUCAGUCUCUCCAGCACACUAUACACAUCAGGGAUUCCAGGGCUACAAGAGGAUUUCCACGUUUCGAAGAUUGUGGCCCUCCUUGGUGUCACGACUUAUCUUUUUGGAAUGGGAAUAGGCAGCAUCAUUUUUGCUCCACUCAGCGAGCUUGUGGGACGGCGGCCAGUCUAUAUUGUCUCAAUGACAGUAUUUCUGUUGCUAUUGCUGCCGAGUGCUUUAGCUCAAAACAUUGAAUCCAUCCUUGUGAGCAGAUUCUUCGGAGGAUUCUUCGGAAGUGCAUUGAUGUCGAACUCGCCCGCAUCGGUUAAUGACAUCGUCUCGGAUAAGCACCGGGCUUUAGCAUUCGGCCUCUGGUCUAUUGGGCCCACCAACGGCCCUGUAUAUGGGCCUAUCAUUGGAGGCUUUGUUUUCCAAUAUCUUGGCUGGAGGUGGACAAACUGGAUUGUUCUCAUCAUUGGGGGUGUGGUAUUGGUCCUGAUAGCUUCUGUCAAGGAAACAUACGCCCCUGUGAUCUUGAAAAGACGCGCUGCGAGAAAACGAAAAGAGACACAGAACUCAAAGUGGUGGACACGCUAUGAUGAUGGUGUCGGUUUUGCAUCUUCACUGAGGAUCAAUCUCAAGAGACCCUUUGUGAUGCUCCUAAAAGAGCCGAUAUGUAUGUUUUGGGACGGCUAUGUUGCGAUUGUUUAUGGCGUCCUUUACCUAUGCUUCGUCGCAUAUCCAAUCGCUUUCCAGCAAGAACGCGGAUGGUCGCCAGGCAUUGGUGGACUUUCGUUCGUCGGUAUAGGUGUUGGUGUCUUAAUUGCCAUUGCAUGCGAACCUCUGUUUCGUCGGGUGAUUAAUCUUCACCGCAAGGACCCAGAAACCGGUAUGGUACAACCAGAGGCUAUGGUCAGCAUCGUCUUUUUUGGUGCUACUCUUUUAGCCAUUGGCCAGUUGUGGUUCUCCUGGACGUGUACUCCAAACGUUCACUGGAUCGUCCCCAUCCUAUCUGGUGUUCCCUUUGGAGUGGGUAACGCAUGCGUCUUCAUUUAUGCCUCAAAUUACAUUGCUCGGUCUUAUGGCAUUUACGCCGCUUCUGCACUUGCAGGAAAUAUGUUCACUCGGAGUGUCAUGGGAGCAUUCCUUCCGCUUGCAGGUCCAUCAAUGUAUAAGGCUCUGGGCUUGAAUUGGGCAAGUACAAUUCUAGGAAUUGUGGAGGCAUUAUGUAUUUCGAUACCUGUUGUCUUCUACUUUUACGGACAUAGAAUUCGGAAGGCGAGUCCCUUUAUCAAAGAGGUCGAAAAAUUGCAGGCAGCUUGA